AUGAUGAUUGAAGCUGAAAGGAAUAAUUGCAGGGGGACUAAGACCGCAGCGGCGUCGUCGGUCACGGCGGCAAAGGCGGCGCAGGGUAAGGAGAAGGCUGCCAUGCAGCAGCUGCGCGACGGAGACUGGGUUGAGGAGCUUGACUGGGCGGAGGUUCGGGAGAAGAUGUUCAAGGUCUCCCGGAUGCAAGGGAACCCCGCAGACGGACUGCACGAGGUCAACCGGUCCAUUCGCCAGGUGUUGACGCAAAUGUCCGGGGGUCUAUUCCCCGGCGGAGGCGCGUCGAAUGGCCAGAGAGAGGAGCUGUCGCUCGAGGUUGAGCCGAAGGAGGCCGAGACGGAGGCGACCCCGGGCACAGCCGCGCAGGAGACGACACAGGAAGGGGAGUCAGCGGCGGCUGCCUGCGCACCUCGAUCGGCCGAGACGGCGUCCCGCACGACGACUGUGGCGCGGGAGUCGAGGCAGAUAGACGGGCUGCUGCCGACGCCUUCUAAGCAGGAGGUCGCGGCGGCUCGAAAGGGAAGUCGAAGAUGGCUGGGUGGGGGUGACAAGGCAAAUGGGUGGUUGGUGAAGGACGGAUCGAGAGGCGAUUAUCCAGGAGGUGGGUAUCCUUCCUACGGGACAGCGCGGAGGGAGGAAGGGCCCAUGGGGAGGCAGUUGGAGCUCGAACAGAGUCGCGAAGGAAAGGAGAUGGCUAGGUAA